GCGCAGGUUGAUUCCCGAUAUUGCGUUAGGGGAAAAUCUGAGCAAAGGCGAGUCGACUAACUGAGUGCGAUUGUGGGGGGGGGCGCGAGUCGUGUUGGGGGGCGAGGAUGCUGCGCAGAAUCGCUGGCUGAUGCCACGGCUCAGAUGCAGAUGUGCGCCGUUGCGCGCGCGCUGCUGAGUGGAAGUCGCUGCGCAAGGAAUGGCUGCCCGGGGCCUGGGUGCCGGCGGCGGCUCGUCGGGAGAGCGGGGUGGCCAACUACCUAGGCCCUCGUGACAGAGGUCGGGAUAAAGUUAAGGUAGGACCAAGAUGCGGUGGCUCUCCCCAGCGCCGUUUUUGUCAUCUGUUAGUAUUUUGGCGGAGAACUGGUUCUUUUUUUAUUCUAGAAAGAUGGGUUUGUGUCGUCCGAGCUCCGAGACUGGGCUACCUAAUUUUCCAGAACUCCGGAUCGCACUUGGGCACCGGACCGAAGAUCCAUCUUUUAUCGUUUGGCUACUAUUUCCCCCAUACCUUUUGUGCAGGGUUUUCAAGCCCCGGACAACACAGGGACCGCGAGCGACCUCUCCGAGGUCAAAUCGUGUUGGCCGGGCGUCGUUCGGAGGCGUAGCGGCAGCUUGGGCAGCAAUGCUCCAGCAGACCCCCGAAUUUUCCUGGAUGAAGGCCGCAAGCGAGCGCGCUAUGGAUCGCGGAGCCUGUGAGAGCGACUCAACGCAAAAGCUGUCACGAUGCGAAACCGGCGGUCGGCGCAAAGCGCCCGAGGAUUUUAUGGGUACCAGCUUCAUGCUGUGCCAGGGCAGAUCGUGGUGAUGGUUGAGUUGUCCAUCGCAUCAGCAGUGCGCAUCAGAGCAGAGAAGGGCCUGCGCGGAGUCUCUGGCGUCCCACAAAGGCCCGAUGUUCAUGAUGAGCUACGACGAAUCAGGGCCCCGGCUGCCACCGAAAAAGUCGGGGGCCUG